UAUAAUUCCAACGAUACCCUGCGUCUCUUCUCUUCUCACCAUGCGUCUCUUCUCAUCUUAUUCGCAUCAAGCUUCUCUUCAGAGGAAAAGUGCUCGCAGGUUCACUCCUCCUACGGCCGCAACACCUCGCGGGCAUGAAGGCCGCGGUCACCACAGUCGAGGUCAAGGGGGACGUGGCAAAGGGCGUUUUCAGGCCCAUGGACAACAACAGUUCGCCCCGACACGUGCAUCUGGGUUUGGCCAGACCAUAGGGUGUGCGGCAGCCCCUAGACACCCCACUAAUGGUACUACUGGUCACUCGGCUAUCCACUGUACGCCUAGGUUCACUUAGACGUCUGCAUCAGCUCUUCAGGGUCCCAUUGGUGCCACUAAUGAUUCUUUGUGGUAUCCUCAUUUUUGUGGUAUCUUGAUUCUGGUGCAUCAUCUCACAUGGCUUCUUCCAAAGAUUGGGUUGAUUGUCCAGAUAGUUCUCAUUCUACUACUAUAUGUGCGGGUUUUUUGGGUCUGAAUCUUGUCUCGUGGAAGUCUAAGAAGUAGCCCACUGUCUCUAAAUCUUCUACGGAGGCUGAGUAUCGUGUUAUUGCUUACACUAUGCAGGAUAUCUUUCAUAUUCAUUUUGUUCUGUUCGAACUAGGGUUCCCGAUCAAGGUACAUGAGACACUGUUAUGUGAUAACAUUUUUGCCAAUCAUGUUCAGCAUGCUAGGAGCAAGCAUAUCCAGAUGUAUUUUCAUUUUGUCUGAGAGCAUGUGGCACACAAUGACUUAGUUGUGCGGUAUAUUCCUACUCAUAUUCAGUUCACUGGUAUCUUCACCAAAUGUCUUUCUAGUCAACAAUUUCAUUUUUAAAGUAUAAUUUGUGUGUUGCAUCUCCUUCGGAAUUUGAGGGGGUGUAAUAAUAUACUUAGUUUAGGAAUAUUUGUGUAUUUGACAACUACUGUUUUAUUAUAAAUAUAUCUGUCAGCACUCCUAAAAAAGUAUCAUAUUCCAUUAUUUC